CUCCACCCAGCGCCGAAGUUGGUGAAUCCAAACGAAUCGAAGCCAUGGCAUCUCGUCUGCUCGCGGCGGCGGCGUCCUCCUCCUCGUCUUCCUCCCCACUCGCCCGCCUCAUCUCCAGGCGCGGUCUCGCUGGCGCCGCAGAUCACCACGGCUCCACCAAGGUCAACAUGUGGCAAGAGCCCAUGAACCCGGGGAACUGGAAGGAAGAGCACUUUGUGCUUGCCAGUCUUGCAAUGUGGGGGGGCAUCGUCUAUGGUGGACUGAAGGCAUUUGGUGGUGGGAAGAAGGAAGUCAAAACUGAGGUGGCACCAGCACCAGCGCAUUGACCUACAUCAUCAGGGUUUAAUUUCACACCGCAACUGUAUGUUGUUUUCUGCUUUAAGUAUGUCGUUGAGGAUAAACAGUGGCAACUGAGAUGCAUAUUUUAAGGUGGGCAAAGUUUUGAUGAGCUGCACUACUCAGCCACCAUGAAUAAUCUUAAGGCAGUGUAACUUGAUGUUUGUGGACACUGCAAAUGCUCUGUUUUAUACCAGUCCAUUGAUUGGUGUCUUGCUAA